ACUGCCGUCUUUUCCGGCGCUACCUCCGAGUAUUCAGUGCCAUUCGCUUUUAUGGUGGUGGCGGUCACCCGGCUGUGGUGAGUUCUGCCUGCUUUGGGGUCCCGGAGAUAGCAGCGGGGAGGCAAAGGAAGGAUUGGACCUGGUCGCCCAGAAGCCUCUCGGAUCUGGCUCGUUUCACUCGCUUCUCCAGAGGCUGUCCUUCCUCCCGGCGCGGCCAGUUCCGAGAGUAGGCACGCUCGGUCGGUCAGUUAGGAGCUGGGUCUGGAAGUGUGUUUGUCCCGCUUCCGCGGGGUGUUUUCUGGAGUGCUUCCAUCCUCUGUGCUCCCCUCUUCAAAAGCGUGGAAAGCAGAGUUUGUGAAUUUUUUCUUUCCGAAAGGAAGAGGAUCUGUCUUUCUAGUGAGAUUGGCUCCGGCCACGCAUCCUUCUUCCUCAGGAACCUGGCUAUUCCGGCGUGUUCCUGGACCUGUUCAAACUCAGUCUGUGUCUUGACUGGAGGAGGAGGAGGAAAAGUUGAGCACAUUGCCAAUAGGAGUUCUCCAAGGACCACAAACAACCGUGUACAAAGAGGAAUGGAGAUUGCCUCUCUCCACCUAGGUUCAUAAGCUUCCCUGAGGCAAACUUGGCAUGAAGGAAGAGAGAGCAUUGAGGCACAUCUCACAAUCAACUUCAAAGGAUGGCAGCCAUUGAUUUGUCCUGUGGGUUUUUUUCCAGGGAACCAAUCUGCCCUUUUGAAGAAAAGACAAAGGUAGAAAGGACGGUGGUGGACUACCUGGCAAAUGGUUAUCAGGAUUCAGUGACCUUUGAUGAUGUUGCUGUGGAGUUCACCCCAGAGGAGUGGGCUUUACUGGACACAACUCAGAAAUACCUCUACAGAGAUGUGAUGCUGGAGAACUACAAGAACCUGGCCUCUGUGGGUUGUCAGCUGUUCAUACCCAACCCGACCUCUUGGUUAAAACAAGAAGAGUUGAAGACAAUGGAGAGUGGAGUUCUUCAGCAAUGGGAAAUACAACCUAGAACCCAAGGGUUAUCACUUCACCAGAGUUUUUUGAAGAAUGAAAUCUUCAGUGCGAUACAAAUGCAGACAAGCUACAGUGGAUGGAAACUCUGUAAGAAUUGUGGAGAGGUCUUCAGUGAACAGUUUUGCCUUAAGACACACAUGAGAGCUCAGAAUGGAGAGAACACUUCUGAGUUUAAUUGUUAUGGAAAAGAUGUCCUCACCGUGUACAAGGAACCCUCUAUUGGACAGGAACUUUCCAAAUUUAAUCCAUGUGGAAAAGUCUUCUCCCUAACUCCAGGCCUUGCUGUACAUCUUCAAAUUCUCAAUGCAAGAAAACCCUACAAAUGUAAGGAAUGUGGAAAAGGCUUUAAGUAUUUUGCGAGCCUUGAUAAUCACAUGGGAAUCCACACUGGAGUGAAGCUCUGUGAAUUUCAGGAAUGUGGGGGAGCCAUCACAGCUUCCUCACAUCUAAAGCACUGUGUAACAGUUCAUACUGGAAAGAAAUCCAAAGAGACUGAGAAAUGUGGGAAAUCCUUCACUAAUUUUUCUCAACUUUCUGCACAUGUGAAAACUCAUAAAGGAGAGAAGUUAUUUGAAUGUAAAGAAUAUGGACGAACCUUUAGAAAUUCCUCAUCCCUUAAUGAGCACAUUCAAAUUCACACUGGAAUAAAACCACACAAAUGUACAGAAUGUGGGAAAACAUUCACUAGAUCAACUCACCUUACUCAACAUGUAAGAACGCACACUGGAAUAAAACCCUAUGAAUGUAAGGAAUGUGGGCAAGCCUUCACUCAGUACACAGGUCUUGCUAUACACAUUCGAAAUCACAAUGGAGAGAAACCCUAUCAAUGUAAGGAAUGUGGGAAAGCCUUCAAUAGAUCUGCAACCCUUACUCAACAUAAAAGAAUUCACACAGGAGAGAAGCCUUAUGAAUGCACUGAAUGUGGAAAAACCUUCAUUACUUCUUCGCAUCGUAGUAAACAUUUGAGAACUCAUACUGGAGAAAAGCCAUUUGUAUGCAAGGUAUGUGGGAAAGCAUUUAUGUUUUCCUCAGCCCUUAAAGUACACCUGCGAAGUCAUACUGGAGAGAGACCUUUUGUAUGUAAGGAAUGUGGGAAAGCAUUUGCUGUUUCCUCACGCCUAAGUACCCAUGAAAGAAUUCACACUGGGCAGAAACCCUAUGAAUGUAAGGGUAUGAAUGUUACCAUUUAGCCCAUCAGUUGUCAUUUUUAAUUAUUGGCAGUGACACCAAAGAUUAUCAGAUUUGUCCUAAAUGCCUUGUGAAGGUUUGUAAUAGCUCAUGGAUUGGCCUUUGAUGCCAUCCCGAGGGUCUGAAAUUACAGAGUAAUACAACUUCUUCAUGGUUCUAAAUACAACUUCUUCAUGGUUGCCUGAGUCUGGGCAUCUGUGAAGAAGGGUCAUGGAUGGUAAGGUCAGUACUGCAGGCUCCCUCACCUUGGUGAUUAGAUUCCUAGGAUCAUGGUAUUAACAAGUUCUGAAUGAGAUAAAUCAUGCAGGUUCGUUUUAUCCCCUGUUGGUUAGUGGCUGCCAGUGUAGCACAUUCAUGUCAAAAUUUACUGGAAGCCAAGGAUAUAUAGGCCCAGAGGUGAACUGUUGAAAGAUGUUCUUCCAAGGGUCUCUUCUGUUCCUAUGGAUCCUGCAGAGCAUGCCAGAAAUUAAACCAUCUUUAACUGCCAGUGCACUUUCACAGCUGAUUAUUACUGUGUCAUCUUAUAAAAUCUAAGAAGUGUGACAGCCUUGCCUGUUCUUUUCUGCCUUCUCUGUCCAUUUUAGGUGGCACAGUCUAAGUGGCAAUGUCUCCUCUAGUAUAGUCCAGUCUACUUACUUCUGUUAAGAUGGCUAAUAUAAUCCGUGAAUCCCACUCAUGAUCUCUGUGCACGAACUAAAUGGCUUACAAAUUCAUUUAACUUUAAAUGAGGUUAAAAACACCAAAAUUUAUAUUCUCACAUUUCUGGAUGUUGGAAGUCUGAGAUCAAAGUGCUAACAUGGUCAGUUUCUUGUGAGAGCUCUCUCUGGCAUGUAAAUACCUACUUCUUCAUGUCUUCACAUGAUGGAGACCAAGAAAUCGAUCUGUUGGUCGGUCUCUCUCUGUCUCUCUCUCUCUCUUUCUUUCCCUCUUUCCCUCCCUCCCUUCCUCCCCCCCCCACAAACACUGCCAUUUCUCUGCAUCAUUUAAUGUCACUUCCUAAAGAUCCUAUUUUCACAUACAGUCACAUUGGGGUUUGGAGCUUCAACAUAAAAAUUUUGGAGGUCAUCGUUCAGUCCAAAGUACUUAGUAUGAUUCUUUUCCCUUUCCACAUAUGCAGUCAGAUAAUCUAUAAAUCAUGACUCUUAUUUUUCCCUUUCAAUCAUUAGGUUUUUUAUAUAUAUAUAUAUAUAUAUAUAUAUAUAUAUAUUGCUUUAUAUUGCAAGAAUAUAUGUAUACACAUUUUUGCUUUACUGGACUGAUUUCAACCUCCAGCACACCACCAACUAAAAGUAGUAAUAGCAUACUUGUCUUUGCAGUUCUGGUGAGACAUGAGCUCCAUUUUAUGGGCUUGGCUGUAGGUUUUUAUUUCUUUUUUUAUUUUUUGAAGAGGCUAUCUCUUAGAAAAGGUUUUUGCUUUAUGUCCAGUUUUUAAAUGAUGAAUGAUUUCCCAAUAUUUCAUAAUUUGUAAGGCUGAAUUCCUCUUGAAUUUAUUAAAUGCUUCCGGCACAGCCUCUGUGAUUAUCAUGUUUAUUUAUUGAUAAAACUCAAGUACCUAGAACUGCACCGAGCCUAUGAUGGUACCUAAUAAAUACUUCAAUGAAACUGUGGUGAUGCAUGCCUGUAGUCCUAGCUACUUGGAAGGAUUGCCUGAGCCCAGGGGUUCUAGACCAGCUUAGGCAACAAAGCAAGACCGCGUCU